UGUUACAGAUAUAAUGAAAAGAGCGACAUGUGUUCUAUGUAAGGUGCACUUUUGAAGAGAAUGGGACAUUUCCACAGAGCUCCAUCUUUACAGUUUUCCCUCCUUGAGUGCUCGGCGCGCGGGUGGCAUCGCAUGCGUUGAUGGGCGGCGGCGCGAGCGCAGGCGGCGGGCGGGCGACGCGCGCGCUCCGCCUGCUAUUGCUGCUCGUGCUGGGGCUGGCGGCCGUCGAGUACAUCUUCGGCUCCAUCCUGGACGCCUCGCCGCUACGCACCUACCUCUACACGCCGCUAUACAACGCCACGCAACCUACACUAAGAAGCAGUGAUAAGACACUAUCAACUUGGCCUAAACAAAUACCAACAUCUACACAACACAACCCCAACACGCGUAACCACACGAAAAGUAAAAACAACACAGUCGCCUUGAUAUUAAAGAAAUACAACAUAACAAGGCCGAUAGUGAAAUUGAACAACACAGCGUAUAACACGACUAGUAGUAAUAUCACUGGACAAGACAUUCAGUCUCAGAGCACUCCGCUUUUCAUCACAAGGAUUAUGGAAGGACUCAAGAAUUUGGUAACGACUGAGAGCGGCGUAAAGAGAACUGAGCCAGUGUUGCCGCUAUGUGACAGUAUGCCUCCAGAUUUAGGACCUAUAACUGUCAACAAGACGGAACUAGAGUUAGAUUGGGUGGAGAAGAAGUAUCCAGAAGUACAAUGGGGCGGUCACUACGCUCCGCCGAAUUGCACAGCAAGGCAUAAAGUCGCUAUAAUUGUGCCAUACAGAGAUCGUCAGCAGCAUUUAGCCAUAUUCCUGAACCACAUGCAUCCAUUCCUAAUGAAGCAACAGAUAGAAUACGGGAUAUUUAUCGUCGAACAAGAAGGCAACAAAGACUUCAACCGCGCGAAGCUGAUGAACGUGGGGUUCGUGGAGAGCCAGCGGCUGGAGCCGGGCGGGUGGCAGUGCUUCGUGUUCCACGACAUCGACCUGCUGCCGCUCGACACCAGGAACCUGUACUCGUGCCCGCGCCAGCCGCGCCACAUGUCCGCCUCCAUCGAUAAACUUAAUUUUAUGUUGCCAUACGAAGACAUAUUCGGUGGAGUGUCAGCGGUGACACUGGAGCAGUUCAUAAACGUGAAUGGCUUCUCGAACAAGUACUGGGGCUGGGGAGGGGAGGACGACGAUAUGUUUUAUAGAUUGAAGAAAGUGAAUUAUCACGUAGCGAGGUAUAAAAUGUCCAUUGCACGGUACGCCAUGUUGGAUCACAAGAAAUCCGUUCCGAACCCAAAGAGGUAUCAACUGUUAGCCCAAACAAGCAAAGUUUUCCAGCAGGACGGCCUGUCCACGCUCGAGUACGACCUCGUGCAGGCCGUUCAAUACCACUUAUACACGCACAUCAUAGCAAAUAUAGACGAGCGCAGCUGAUGGACAUAUUUCGCCAAACUGCUGUUUGGCGAUGAACGGUAACACAGAGUGAACAAGUGUGGACAUGUGUACUGUUGAGUCUGUUGAUCUCGUUCUAGAACGACGUUCUAAAUUUAAAUUUUGCAACAGCGACUAUUGUAUGUUUUUUGAAGUGGCAACACUGAACUCGAAUGUCAUGUGAUGCAAAGCUUAGUACAUACUUACUGUUUUAAUGCGUAUUUUUCGUAGUAUUUAUUAUUUGAAUUAUUUUAUUUUUCGACUUAGUUUUUUUAUUUGAUCAGUUUACUAUUUACUUAUAGAAUAUGCCUACACACAGACCAAACUAUUAUAACUGCAUACUAUUUUUCAGUAUAGUAUAAAUAAUAACAUCUAUAAAUAUUUGUUCCUUUAGCUCGGUGUGUCAAUUCCGACUGCAUUUUCAACCAAGUUUAAGAUUAACAGACACGAUAAGCACGAUUGUUGUUAUAUUUAAUUUUUAAUACAUUUUUGGUACGUCGCUAGUCGUUGUAGAGAAGAGGUUAGGAAAUAAUUUUGAUACUUGUACAAGAAAUCUUGAUUAAGUAAAUGUAGGAACAAAAUCAAUUUGAUAGUUUAUACAGCGGCCAUUAUAUCUAUUACAGAUUGACAAUAUAGUUAAAAGCGAUGUAUGCGCUCAGAGCGCUUGAUAAUUACUAUACAUAAUAUAUUGUAAUAACGUGUAAGUAUAUUCGCAUAAGACUUACUUUGUAAUACGUUGUGUUGGAAAAGUAUCAAGUUGUAUUAAUUUUCCUCGUAAUCAUGUUGUUGGCCGAAAUGAUUGAAGUUAAAUCAAGAUAUAAAAAGUACUCAUAGGUGAUAUUGACAUUCGUGAUAUCUACAGGGUGCGUCCAAAUUGACAAUUGCGCGUUUUUGCAAAAAGUUCCCUCCCACACAGUCCUUUUUACAUACAUACUACGGAACAUUUUAUAUGUAAAACAAGAGACGCACGCGACUUGCGAUAAAAUAAUCGUGACACAUCAUCAACAUAAUAAUUGAAGUGCUCGAGAUCCUAUUAAUAAAUGAGUGGCCGUAACUAUCCGAUAGAAACAUGCAUGCACAUCCGCCAUAUUUGAGCGCACCUUUAAAUAUUUAAAUCGAUAUUAUAGUAAACAAUCAUAGGUACGUAUUGUGUGUUUUCAACAACGAAUUGAUUCCAUUUAAGAUAUUUUAAAAGCAAACAAUGUAAAUGAUUAUAUUUUUAGUAAUAGAUAUUUUUAUAUGAAUUUUGGUAUAUAACAAUAAUUUAUUAAAAGCCACUGUACAUAAAGACACAGAAUUUGCCAGUUUUAAAAAUGUUUUUUUGGAAGUGGCAACUGUAUAUCCUGCAACAACGGAUAAGCCGAUUGGCAGCACCAUGCUCUCGGCGUCAUACUGUUGUGACUUUAAUUUCAUGAAAAAGUAAUCAUUUUCGGUCAACAAUGUUUUUAAUAUCCCAAGCAAUAUGACUCUAUACGUCACAAAACUAGUUUACUUGUAUUAUCAGGUUUUAAACAAUAACGUAAAAUCAAAUUGCCCCAGAAUACAAAAUAACAAAAUGUAUCAUUGCUUUAUGUGAUUUUAGACAUUAUUUCAAUAAUUAAGAAUCUCGAAUUAAAAUUUUAAAAUCUCAUUGACUAUACACUAGUUAUACGCACUAUGUAAAAUCGUGCUCAUAAAUAUUCCAAAUAAUAAUUGUAAUAAAAAAAAUAUAAAUAAAACUUCGUACUUAAGUAAUUAUAGUGUUUGUUAACUGUAAAUAGCUUUAUAUAGAUAGACGCCUACUUAACUGUCGAUGUUCAAUUGUUAUAUUAUCCAAAACAUACUCAGAUGCGUCGCAAGUUUAGCUUGAAAUGGAAAGAUUGUGAAAGAGUACAUUGUGAAGUGAGUGUGUAUCACUUCAAGUUUCUAUUGUAAUUGCAUUCAAAUUUAUAAUUGCGGUCUAUUUCGGCCAUUAUUCAAUCCUAUCUUGACUUUAAUAAUAUGAGUCCUGUAUUAUAUACUUGCCCACUGCUGGGCACGGGCCUCCUCUACUACUGAGAGGGAUUCGGCCUUACUCCACUACGCUGGCGUAGUGCGGAUUGCUAGAUUUCACAUACCCUCAAAAUUCCAAUAAAGAACUUUGCACCCAUGCAGGUUUCCGCACGAUGUCCUUCACCGAAAGCAAGCGAUAAUUCACAAGAAAUACACACAUCAUUUUUAAAAAUGUCAGAGUCGUAUGCUCUUGGGAUUCGAAGCUUCGUCUUGGCAAUCCGUACUACAACCAACUAGUCUAUCGCCGCUUUUUACAAGUCAACUUACUAUUGAAUAAUGGAAUUCGUAGAAAUCCCGCUAUUCGUGUAAUCAAGUACAUUGUAAAUGCAAAGUGAUUUUAGUGCAUCACCCAUUAUAGUUUUAUGUAUAAAUGUUACCUUAGUCUCGCUUAGAUUUAAGGGAUACAAUGUGAUACAAAUAUUUAGUAUGUGAAAGAUACUUCAUUGCUCGGAAUAGCUUGGCUUUAUUACAAAAAAAUGUUUUGAGCUGUAUUGUCCCCUUGGUACAGGUUUCCCUUACUACUGAGAGGGUUAUGCCUUAAUCCACCACGCUGGCUUAGUCCGGUUGAUAAACUACAAGUAAUUCUCGUAAAGCAUUCUCAGUUAUUCAAUUUUUCUCACUCCAAGAUACGCGUAUGUAUUUUGUUUUGUUUUAUUGAUAAUGUUUACUUAUGUGUGUAGAGUAACACAGUUACAUAAUAUUUUGAUGCGUUUUUAUGUUUGCAUUUUUACAAAUUAUAAAUCAAUAAAAAUGAAAGCUGAAAUCGACGAAUAUUUUUAUUAAAUUACGACUAUUUUAAGUUUCCUAAGCAUUUACACAUCACAUUCCUUUAAAUCAAAUGUUUUAUGUCCCAUUCGGUCAUCAAGUGGGCAAUCCCCAUAGUAUGUCUCAUGUAUUCUUGAGCAAUGAAUCGUCUUUGGAUUGGCCUAUUGGAAGUGAAGGAUCUACGUCAUUUUGUAGCAUUACUUUACUUCGUUUAUUUUUUAUAGCGAAAAAAAUGUAUUUUCCCUUUGCUUUUGAAUCUCGUGUAUUAAGUAUAUUUGAAGAACAUAAUGUUACUGGAAAAUAUGUUUGAGUCAAUUUGGGAAUCUAAAACUGCUAGUAAAAGCAUGCGAUAGCCAGACUAGAACCACGUACUCAUGUGUUUUUGUGUGGUGGGAGUCUUGUUACAAGACUUUAUAUUAAUGCUGUGUUGUGUAUUUAAAAACUGAUAAUUACAUGUACAAAAGUGUAGAUAGCUACAAAAAUAGCUGAAUAUAUUCAAAACUUGAAAUCGCAUUCAUAAUUUGUAACAUUACAACCAUUUUAUUUAUCUACAGUAUAAUUAAACUUAACAUCUAUAGGUGAUUAUGAAGAUUGGUAUUUGUUCAGCUAUUUUUGUGGUUGACUGCAUCAGACACUUAAGAACAGAUAGAAUAAAAAGUCUGGCGAUUCAUGCUCUCCAUUAUAAUCACUGUGUACCUAAUUAAUCAGUACAAUAAGGUUUAAAGUUGAUUUAUACAAUGGAUACUCGGAAUUCUAUUUCGCUUAUUAGAAUCAAUUUAUGCAAGUCAAUAUUUAUAUAGUAAUGUAAAAGUAGAUUUUUUUAUAUUUUUACCAGACGCGUGUAUUGUGCGAAAAUAGGCCUACGUUUAUUUUCAUUUUGAUGUCAAUGUGUUCGUACCAUUCUCAAGGGAUAGCAAGAUAAUUAUAGCGUAUAAUAAAUAGUUUUUUCAGUGACCCAAAAUUUAUAUUUAUAUUUAAAAAAAGCCACCCUAUAAUAAAAUCUGGAUACGAUGGAAAUUUACUCGUGCAUAAAAUCAUAAAUCUAAUAAUGAAACAAACGACUGGAUCUCACACGCAAUACGGGAAAACAGAACUAGGGAAAAAGUAGCCCUUCUAACUAUGGCACACUGUGCAUUUAAAAUUGAACUUUAGUGUAAACUUUGACCUGUAGAUACGAUUCAUAUUUCAAAAGCUCAUAGACAUUAUGAUAAUUUUUUUUUAUGUAUCAACUAGCAAUUGAAAUAUAUAAAACACGUAAGUCUUGUCUAUGGACUUAGCAAAUGUCAAAAUAUGUAUUAAAAAUAACGGCAAUAGACACUCAAUUUUAUACUGUAAUCAAAUGACUGAUGUAAAACGCAUUAUGCGUUAAACUAUACUCAUUUUUGGACUAUGAUUAAAAUACAUAAUUCGUCUAGUGGAGAGGGCUGCUCUGGUACCGCUUCUAAUGUAACUGUAAUUAGUCAAGUUAGUUUAGAUACCAUUGAGUUACUUAAAACAAAGUGAUAUGCGCAUUAGGAUUUCAUUUGUCUAAAUUGUUUUUGAAUAAAUAUAUUGUUUGUUUU